AUGCAGAUUAACGUCAUUCUGAUCAAAGUGCUCGCAGCUGCCUCAUGGAGAGGUCGGCUGCGGACAACCAGCGUCCUCGCCUCGGCCGCUGCGCCCUCGGCCGCUGCACAGCACUGGCCGCCGGCUGAAACCUCCGGCGGCGCGACGCUCACCUACCUGGAGAUAAACGGCUGGCUAAUCAGCGCAGCUGGCGUCACGGUCCUCGUCGACCCUAUCCUCGAGGGUCGCCUCGACUUUGGCAUCCCGGCGCUCUUCGCCGCUUCAAAGCAGCGCCCGCCUUCUCCCGCCGCUAUUCGGCACCGCCGGUCGGGCUCCACCAGCUCGCUCCCGCCGCUCGACGCCCUCCUCAUCACUCAAGGCCUCGACGACCACGCCCACGCGCGCACUCUCGCCCGCCUGGCCGAGCUGGACCCGACCUUGCCGAUCCUCGCACCGCCCUCGGCGCUACCUGCGGUCGAGCGCGCCUUCGGCCGCGGCGUCGUGCAGUCCCGAGAAGGUUCGGGGGACUGCGCUCUAGGUGGCGGCCUUCGCGUGACGGCAACGAGCGGCGCGCUCGUCGGGCCUCCGUGGCAGCGGCGCGAGAACGGGCGCCGCUGUCGCACGGCCCCCGGCGCCGCCCCGUCCCUCUACCUCGAGCCGCACGUCGAGUUCGACGAGGACGAGCUGCGCGCCUUCGCGCCCGUCGACGCCGUUAUCACGCCGACCCGCGGCCAGGCGCUGCCCGGCUUCGAGCUCGUGCACGGGCCCGCGGCGGCAGUCCGCCUCGUCGAGACGCUGCGGCCUCGGCUGGUGCUGCCGAUGUCCAACGGCGCGAUCGACGCCGCGGGCAUCGCCGCGCCGCUCGUCACGCCGAUCGGCGCGGGGAACGAGUUCGAAAGGCUGCUGGCGGAGGCAGGCGUCGGCGCGGAGGUGCUCGAGGUGAGGCCGGGGGAGCCGUUGACUAUCGGGUGA